AUGGCGGACUCCAGCACGUCUUCGGUCACGGCGACGACGCCAGACUCAUCGCUGGACCUGUCCGCUUCUCGGAGGUACCGGACGGCGUUCACGCGUGAGCAGGUGGGGCGGCUGGAGACGGAGUUCCUGAGGGAGAACUACGUGUCGCGACCGCGCCGGGGGCACCUCGCUGCCGUGCUGGGACUACCAGAGGCAACCAUUAAGGUGUGGUUCCAGAACCGACGUAUGAAGGACAAGCGGCAGCGGAUGGCCCUCAGUUGGCCGUACUGGGACACUUCUGUCUUAGCGCCCUUCUUACCACCCUCGGGAGGAGGAGGUCCUGCUGUGCCAGUGUGCCCCACUGCAAUCUACCCUCUCAUUUCAUCCCUGAACCCACCUCUUAAUCCUCUCAGACCAUAUCCUCCUCACCAAGUGAUGCCUGCUCACUUUCCUCUUCAUCGUCAUGAUGCCACUGAUGGUUGUCCACAAGUCGUAGGUGUGCCGGCACAGUUCGCUGCAAGAACGCACAAGAAUCUAUGUCAGCCCUUACCAAUUUCCUCUACGCAGCAGUGGAAUUCCUACGCAAAGGUUAAGCCGCACGACAUGGAUUCGGUCACUUCGCAUACGCGCAAAGAAUUGAAGAGACGUUCUGAGUUCAACAAUGCGUCCGACUAUAAGUGA